AUGAAAGUUACAAGCAUCAGCUUACUCGGCCUAUUCGCGACCUACGCGUCAGCUUCCUCCCAUUACACUGGGGGCGAUACAUCUGGUUGCGGAAAGAGUCACUGGUUCAACGGCAUCCCGCAGAUCCGCACUCUCACAUCGAGCGGCGUGGAUCGCAGCUAUGGAAUACACCUACCGUCGAAUUACUCUGAGAAUAACCAGUAUCCAACCAUCCUAGGCUUCCAUGGCUCAAGCAGUAUUGGAUUCUUCUUCGAGGCCGACACUGGCCUCGAUGACUCCGAAUAUACGGGAGACAAGAUCAUGGUGUAUCCGAAUGGGCUCGGGGGAGCAUGGGCUGGCGCAAAUUAUUCCGCAGCCUCAGUCCAAGAAGACCUACAGUUCGUCUGGGAUGUGUUGGUAGACCUGAGGAAAAAUUGGUGCAUUGACAGUGCCAGGAUUUAUGCGACUGGCCUGUCUAUUGGCGGAGGCUUUGUUGACACCAUUGCUUGCAACGCCACUGUUGGCGGCGAGUUUGCGGCUUUCGCACCUGCGUCUGGGUCUUUCUAUACCAAUAACGAUGAUAACCAUGAAAACUGCGAACCUGCUCGUGUGCCUAUGCCAAUUCUCGAAUUCCAUGGCGGUGCCGACACAGACGUCAAAUAUGAUGGUGGUGAAGGCGAAGGUGGCAUUGAGCCCGCCAUUCCAGAUUGGCUGAGCUGGUGGGCGCAACGAAACGAGUGCGAUGAGCAAUACGAGCAAGUGGACUUGUUUAAUGACGAUGUCCACCACCUAAGCUGGACGUGUAAUGGUCAGACCGGCGUCGUGCAGCACUACAAGACCGAUGAUCAGAAGCACGACUGGGCUUCAACAGGCAUCAACUUUUCACAACUAGCAGCUGGAGACUUGCCAACGCACAUCUCGGCCAGUGCUCUUAUUCAGAGUUUUUUCAUGAAGUUUACUCGUCCGGAGGCUUAG